AUGCGCCAAAACGUCAUUAAUUCUGUGAGAAUUAGUGUGUUUUCAUGUCGAACAAUCAUUUUUCAUCGCCUUUGACCACACAAAAAUCCGAGAAAACCUGCUCAAUUCAUAAAAACGCCAUUAGUCCGCCGAGGCCACGCCCGUAUUGUCAGCUCUGGAGACCGUCGGAACUAAUUUCCACGUGGCACUCUCAAUGUUCGUGAUGCUUUCACAAAUGUUCAACGAUGCGAGAAUCAGUGUUCGAUUGGCCCCUCAAGCUGUAAAAGUGAGUUGAAUUUCGAGAUUCGAUGACAGAAAACAAUCUGGACACGAUUUCAGCGAUGCGCAUUCGUCUCGUUUUGUGCCUUCUCGCCCUCUGUCUCGUGGGGAAUGUGUGGAACGAGACAGGUUCGAGAUCCACAACGGGAACUCUCAGAAUUGAGACGUACAAUCUUUUCAGCUCUCCGCCAACUCACCGACGAUCUCUCGAUCCUUGAGCGCGUCGUCAACGCGAUUUCCAUCCAGGAGGGACUCUCCAAAAACGCCACCAAACUGGCCGAUCUUCUCGCCGAACUUUUCGAAUUGGAAUCGGGAGAAGGACUGAUGAGACUGCAGAAUUUUAGUUUGGAUGGUAGAACUAGAACUGAGUCACUCGACAUCCUGAGUAUUGUCAGAGGUCUGAAGAAAGAUGUGAUGAAUGAGACGAAAGGCAUUGUGGCGCUCAUGAAAAUAAAGGACAAACUCACUGAUCUCGAGGCGGGACUCAACGAAACAGCCACUGAAGACCUGGUCAGACGAGUCAAAGAUGUGUCCGGGCCUGGAGUCAUCAAUAGACAGCUCUUGGACACGUAUGAGUUUGAGAGUUCUCUGGAGCAAUUGACGAUUAUCGGAAAUACCCGGAUCGGCGUUGAGUGGGAAUCAUUGGACUGUUUUACCAAGGCUGCUGUACAAGUAUGCGAGCGCAGGCCAGAAGUUCACAAGAGGCUCGAAGAGUUCAAGAAGUACAAAGAAACGCUCAGCAAUGUGAUGGCUGUGAAAGAUAUGCACAAGGUGCUUGAACCGGUUCUCGUCAUCUCCCAAGUACUGCGAGAGUACAGCCAACACUCAGAAGCGUUGCUUUCUGUUCCGUCGAAGCGAUCCGCUUUGAAACAUGAAUCGGACGUGCUUCUACCGAUCGCCGCGAACUAUCAAUUGUUCUCAAGAGUGAGUGCAUCGCUCAACACCACUUAUAUGUACGCGGCGGACGUGGUGCCACAAAGGUAUAUUCGGACCAGAGAAUUCUCGAAGAGAAUCAAGGACUAUGUUCGGUUCACGAAAGACAUCCAAAGUGAGUGGUUCAAGGAGAAGAUUGCCGACGGAAAGGACGUGAAACCGCUGGAAGAUGCUCUCGAACACUCGCGAGUUCUGGGCGAGAAGGUGUCUAGGAUGGAUAAGAGAUGGAUAAAUUUCCUGGAUAUUCUUCACAUUGUCACCCGCGAUCAUUCACUAGUGGAUGCGAUUAGCUCGAUAAAAAGUUUGGCAAAGAAUGGAGAGGAAUUGGCUGAAAUCAAGGACUUGAAACCUUCCAUCGACACUGUUGCGACUGCGGUCCAAUCUUUGAAGCACAUCACAUGUGCUCCACCAUUUGAUGAACUUCAACAAGUUUAUGCUUAUGCAAAAAACGUAAGUACACUUGUCGAAGGAAUGGAGGCGGCGAUUGAAAGUGUUGUACAGAACAUUAGCGAAAAUAUAACGGAAAGUGUGAACGAACUUUCUGAAUUGACAUGUAACAUUUCUCAAAGUCACUACAAAGAUUUACUUGCGCUACAGCACGAUUUUAAGAAAAACCCGAUGGUUCAAGUUUUCUCAGAUUUUGCAAAGUCUCUGGUGGCCAAUCUCAAGAAGUUUCCCGUGGAAACACUUGAAGCUGUCAUUAAAGACGCUCCUGACUUUACUUCGAUCAAAACAAUGCAAUCGUGUCUCAAGGAAACUGGACUUGUCGGCACUCUGAAGCUUCUCCAAUCUGCCAACAAUGACUCGGACAGAGUUGGAAAGGUGUUCCAUUUCGGGAGCAAUAUCCAUGAAUUGGAGCCUGUUUAUGUCAGUCUGGCCAGAGUUCUGGUCGACGUGAUGAACGAGAUGAAAGAGAACGUUGUGGAUUUGGUGUCAUUGGGAAGACGUCAAGCGGAUGGCGGUUCGAAUCCACUGAAAACAUUGAAGCAGCCGAUCGAGGUGGUGACGAGAAUUUCGAAAGGACUGGAUCUGCUCAGGAAGAUGUGCGAUGUGCUCGACAAGAAGACGCAAGUGCUGGCGGCGGCCGAUGCACCAUCUGAAGUCGAUGCAGUCAUCGGAGCACUUCCGACACUCAACGCAUCCUGGACCAACACCACGAAGGCAUCGAUGAAGAAGCUGAUCACGGACCUGGAGCGUUUGGACGAGUACGCCAAGAAUCUGACGAGCGACGCCGACCUCCUGGAGAUCGGAACCGUUUUCGACGAGGCCGCAUCUAUUGCGGGCGCCCGUUUGGACACCCGACUCCUCAUUGAUUCCGCACAUCAAGCGCUGAAGAAUUCGUCCUUUCAAUCGACUUUCCUCGCACUCGAAUCGCUCCAACUGGAUUUUGCGAGCGACGCCGACGAAUUCGCAUUGGCCUCUUUUGCUCUCAUCAGACUCCGCCCCUUCUUUGACGACUUUUUCGGAAUCCAUCGAGCUGUUGCAGGUGAGAGAGAGAGUAUUUUUCAAAUUUAAACCCCAGUUUUUUGGUUUCAGACCGCGGAACGUGA